AUGGGGGUUGGGGAAAAGACGGCUGCCGUGGGAGAGACGGAACAGCCCGUGUUAGUGCCGGAGCCUCAGCAGAGGCUUACGCAGGAUGAGAAGGGAGAGGGCGAGACCAAGAAGGUCUCUGUGGCUGAUGAUGUCCGCGUCGCCUCCGACUCGGACGAGCCCGACCCUGAGGAGAGAAAGGCGAUGGAACGGCGUCUCCGGUUCAAGAUCGACCUGAGACUGUGCACCAUUGCUGGCUUGCUCUGCAGUUUGAACCUGCUGGACUCGGGCGUCAUCAGCUCGGCGUCGGUGACGUCCAUGGUGACGGACCUGGGCCUCUUUGGCAACCGGUACAGCGUCAGCAUCUUCAUCUUCACCAUUGCCAGCAUCGUCUUCCAGCUGCCGUCGACGCUCGCCGUGCGCCGGUUCGGCCCUCGGGCGUGGUUCGCGUCGAGCACGUUCGCCUUUGGCCUCAUCACCAUGUGCACCGCCUUCAUCCGCAACUGGCAGUCCAUGAUCGCCCUCAGGGUCCUGCUUGGCGUGGCCAUGAGCGGCAUCUACCCAGGCCUGACGUACCUCAUCUCCACGUGGUAUCCCCGGCGCGAACAGCAGACCCGUUUCGCCCUCCUCCAGAGCGGGCAGGUUAUCGUGCUCGCCACGGGGAACAUUGUCAACUUUGGGCUGAAUCAGCUGGAUGGGAGAGGCGGCAUUGCAGGCUGGCGGUACAUGUUCCUCGUCCAGGGCCUGAUCACCAUGGUCAUCGGGUUCGUCACGUUUGUCUGGAUCGUCGAUUUCCCCGAGGAGGCGCAUAAUUCCUUCUGGUUCCUGACUAAGGAGGAGCAGGAGCUUGCGGUGGCUAGGAUCAAUGAGGACCGCAGCGAUGUCGAGCCCGAGCCGUUCAGCUGGGGGGCCGUCCUGUCUAAUCUGAAGGACAUUAAGAUCUACGGGUUCGCCAGCUUGUUCUUCCUGCUCAACUUGGUGUCCACCUCCAUGGCCUACUUCCUGCCCAUCAUCCUGCAAAGCGGGAUGGGUUUCAGCGAGAACCAGUCCAUCCUGCUGUCCGCGCCGCCGUACUAUUACGCCGUCAUCCCCGUGCUCUUCUCCUCGCUCGUGGGGGACAGGCUCUGGCUCCGGGGCCCCGUCAUCAUCUUCAACUGCGUCUGCCUGAUCGUCGGAUUCUGCAUGCUCGGGUUCGUCGACCAGGUCGUGGUCCGGUACAUAGGGACGUACCUGGCCACGGGCGCCUACAUCAGCAACUGGGCGGCCCUGAGCACGUACCAGGCCAACAACGUGGCUGGGCAGUGGAAGCGUGCUGUCACUGCCGCGGCCGUGACGGCGUUCAAUGGGGCGGGAGGCAUUGCGGGGAGUUAUAUCGUGAGGCAGACAGAGGCGCCUCGGUACAUGACGGCUGUUUGGAUUUCGAUUGGCUCCCAUAUUAUGAUCAUUUGUGUGGUUUUGCUGAUGUCUGUUUACUUUUUGUGGGCUAAUCGACGAGCAGACCUUGGGAAGUUGGUCAUUGAGGGUGUUGAAGGGUUUAGAUAUACUCUCUAG